CUCCCCUUUUUUCAAUUCAUAUCCUUCAUCCACUACACAUGUACUAACCAACACCCCCAGCUCGUCGGCAUAGAAAUCUUCAUCCUCUUUUUCCGACGUUCCAUGCUUCUCGGCUGGCGCAACCUCCUCGCCCACCUCUUCCACCUCGCUCGCACCGGCCGCCCGCCAACUCCCGCACUCACCUCCCUCGAGAACCCAGACCAAUACAUCCCCACACUGAAGCCCGUACUCACGACCUCGGCUGCCAGCGCAGACACUCCAUCUUCCACAAGCUACCGCAACGAUACCACAGAACUCGACAACAUCUCCGAGACCUUGGGCACCGCGGGGACAUAUCAUCAUCGUCCGGGGCACGAGCGCACGACGUCCGACACGGGAUUACUAGCGCCGCAAACACAGCAAUUUCGCUCUGUCUGGGAGAACUCGUCGGCGGAGACUUCGAGGGCGAAUACACCAGGACCGCCUUUCGUGCCGCAGCGCAAUGCCCCGUCACCGCCGACACGGACGUAUUCCCCGGCCUCGGCGAUGAAGAUUCAGGGUUCAUCGUUUCUGGCACGGACGCGGAGUAGACCGUUAUCUGGAUCUCUGGGCUUGAGGAGUGAGAGGCAGAUAGGUGGAGAUGUGAAGCGCCGAGGGACGGGGUCGUCGGAUGUUAGGGGUACGAUAUCGACGCCGGUGCCGGGGUCGUUUGUACAUGUUGAUGGGGCUCCGGUUUUUCGGACCCAGCCGUGGAGUGCGACGCAUGCUGUUAUGAGGGAAGGGAGAGAGGCAGACGAGGAGUGGCUGGAUGAGGAUAGUUGGGAUGGGGGCAAGGAGGUGUGAGGCUGUGAGAUGAUGGAACUAGGGAGAGAAAUGGGGUCUGGUUUGAUGUUCGGUGUCUAUAGACUUUUGGACGGCGAGGUACGCACGUGCUUUUGUUUGCAGCUGUAUAUGCUUGAUUCUUGUCAAUAAGUUGGGAUAGAUGCACUCUUGAUUUGGACUUGGACAAGAGAUGUG